AUGCCCAACGACGGUCCACCCACCAACCGUGCUUCCGCCUGGCCAUCCUGCCUCAGACUCGCGAUUGCUUUCGGGCGGUGCGAGCAUCCGGCGUCGCCCCUUGAGAUCGACAUGUACGGGUCCGGACCCGAGAUCACCACCCUUGGCGUGGGCAUAUCCUUCUGGCCCUGGACAUGGGAGAUCAUGCUCAGGCUGGGACUACACGACGAGCUCAUGCAGGAAGCGGUGAAAAGCAAAGGGCACAUGAAGGAUCAAGGUGAAGGGAGCAAACAUCAAGCAGGUGGGGAUGAUUGA